AUGAGCAUCCCCAAACAACCCGAAGCCAUCCCCGACAAUACCGCCAAGCUGUCUUCCCCAAUCCUCCUCCAGCGCACCGUCACCUUUGACGCGGGCAACGACCCCCCGCGGAACGGAAGCGCCUAUCUCAACAUGUCCGAUCGAAACACCGGGGCUCGAAGGAGGAGAUCUAGCAGCAUCCUCCAGGUCUAUCAUGAACCCCCCGAGACCCUCGAGCAGAUCAGCGAUCAGGCAUCUCUGCCGAACUUGAACGCAAACUGGACUAAUGCCAAAGGAGCAUGGACGAUUCACCUUGUCCUUAUAGCUGGGCUUAAAAUAUUCUACGACGUCAUCCCCGGUGUCUCACAGGAGACUUCAUGGACGCUGACCAACAUCACGUAUAUGUUUGGCUCAUACAUCAUGUUCCAUCACGUUCGCGGAGUCCCCUUCGACUUCAACAGUGGUGCCUUCGACAAUCUCAACAUGUGGGAGCAGAUCGACAACGGAGCUCAAUACACCCCGACCAAGAAGUUCCUGCUCAGUGUGCCCAUCAUGUUGUUUCUACUGAGCACGCACUAUACCCACUACGAUUUGGCAUACUUCUCUAUCAAUUUCCUUGCAGUACUUGGGGUCGUUAUCCCUAAACUUCCUUUUAGUCAUCGGAUGCGCUUCGGGCUUUUCUCAGGAGUUCCCGAAGAAUAG